AUGGAGCGAAGACCCGCUAAGUUCUCCAACUACGCUCCCUUGAACGCACCCAGAUCUCGCAUACUCGAUGAAGUGCUGCAAGCCGAACUCAUCCCCCCGCCCAGAAAGUACCAAAACCCACCUAAUGCGGACCUAAGCAAGUACUGCCACUACCAUCGCAACAACGGCCACACGACUGACGAAUGCGAUACCCUGCGAGACAAGAUAGAAGAACUCGUGCGAGCCGGACAUCUCAAACAUUACAUAAGAGAAGCCGGGGAAAGCUCUCACAGACCUCGAUAUGAGAGGAAUGACAAUAGGCGAGUCGAGCGACGAACAAACCGGCGAACUGAGCAUAGAGAGCCGAGAAGAGAACCCGCAAGAACCCAACACACAGAGCAGCGCGCGCCAGCCCAGCAACAACCCAGGCGAACCGACGAGAGACCACCCUUACGCGGAACAAUCAACACCAUAUCUGGUGGGUUGCCGGAGGAGGGAGGUCAUCCUCGUCCAGGAAAAGGCACCUAA